AGAAUCACUCAAACAUUAUUUGAAGCUGGAUAUGGAGUCAUUAUAUGAGGCAUGGGAGAGAUACAAAGAGCUACUCAGGAAGUGUCCACAUCAUGGUCUACCUAUAUGGUUACAGGUACACACUUUUAUAAUGGUUUAUUUCCUAAUAAUUGUACUAUGCUUGAUGCUGCUGCUGGAGGAUCAUUAAUGAGUAAACAUGCUGAUGAGGGUUAUAACCUCAUAGAGGAGAUGGCUUCAAAUAGUUAUCAAUGGGGUUCGGAAAGAUCACACAUUAAGAAAAAUGUUGGGAUUUAUGGGGUUGAUGCUUUUACUGCUUUGACAGCACAAAUUGAGGCUUUAAAUCAAAAAUUAACUAGGAUGAAUGUCUCAACUAUACAAGCCACAAGCAUUAAUUGUGACUUGUGUGGGGGAGCACAUCCUAGUUCUAAAUGUCUAGAAGCAACCAAGAGCUUGGAAGCUGCGGUCCAGAACCAGGGUGCAUCAAUUCGGAAUUUAGAGGUUCAGGUAGGUCAAUUGGCAAGUGUAGUUUCGAGAAGAGCACAAGGAGCGUUACCAAGCAGUACUGAAAAAAAUCCUAAGGAACAAGUGAAAGCUGUAACAUUGAGAAGUGGGAAGCAAAUUGGAGAUGAAGAAAGCUCAGACAAUGAGGGUGAAAAAGAGAAAGCUCCAACGGAAGAGAAAAAAUCUGAAGAAGUCAAGCCUUAUGUGCCUCCAAUUCCUUUUCCACAUAGAUUGAAGCAACAAAAGCUAGAUAAGCAAUUUGCUAAGUUUCUAGAUAUUUUUAAGAAAUUGCACAUUAACAUUCCUUUUGCAGAUGCUUUAGCUCAAAUGCCUUGCUAUGCUAAAUUCCUAAAGGAGAUCUUAUCUAACAAGAGGAAAUUGGAAGAGUAUGAGACUGUGAAACUCACUGAAGAAUGUUCUGCAAUUCUUCAGAAUAAGCUUCCCCCAAAGCUAAAAGAUCCAGGCCAGCAUUAAUCUGAUGCCAUUUUCUAUUUUCAGGAAAUUGGGGCUUGGUGAGGCCAAAGCAACAA